AUGACUCGGUUCAGAGAUUUUUCAAAAAUUGGCGAAGGAACAUAUGGCACUGUCUAUAAGGCAUUGGACAAAGUUAGUGGUACGACGAUUGCGCUCAAAAAGAUUCGCCUAGAUCAAGAUUCCGAUGGAGUACCAUCGACUUGUAUACGUGAAAUUUCAUUACUAAAAGAACUAAAACAUUCAAAUAUUAUUAAACUUCUAGAUGUUAUACAUAAAGGUUCACGUCUAUUUCUUCUUUUCGAAUUCAUAGACCGUGACUUGCAAAAUUUGCUGAAAAUUUUGAAACCGCGUUUAUUGCCAACAUCAUAUAUAAAAAGUUUCUUGUAUCAACUUCUGCAAGGUUUGGCUUUUUGCCAUACGCAUCGUGUUAUACAUCGCGAUUUGAAACCUCAGAAUAUAUUAGUGACAGAUUCUGGCAUUAUUAAAUUGGCAGAUUUCGGCUUGGCUCGUUCAUUUUCUAUUCCGGGCCGAUGUUAUACUCUUGAAGUUGUCACAUUAUGGUAUAGAGCUCCAGAACUUCUUCUCGGUAGUGAUUUUUAUUCCUGUUCCGUUGACAUUUGGAGUCUUUCUUGUGUUUUUGCUGAAAUGGCUAUGGGAAAACCGCUAUUCGAUGGAGAUUGUGAAAUUAGCCAAUUGUUUAAAAUUUUCCGAAUCCUUGGCACACCAGAUAAUGAGGUUAUUCAGUUUUUAUCGAUCUUUUCUAUUUUCCUCUUUCAUCUUUUUAAAUGUCAUUUAAAACUUAUAGCUUAUUGUGAACUUUAUAUCGAACUUACAGUGGCUAGAACAUCGAUGGCCGAUAAUUCGUGA